CGUGAGUUAUGAUUUGUUUCGCGCGUUGUUUACGUGUUGUUUUGGAGUGCACCCACAGAACCAAAUAAGUUCGACUUUCUGGAAGGGGGCCAAGGUCGAAUGCACUCUUGUCUCUCUUGCGCGCGAGCUUGUCACCGUAAGUCAUCUUUUGUCGCUUAGAGAUUCCGUUUCAUCUACUAAUACGAGGCUUUGACGAGCUUAACUGCUCUCAGACAACCGUCGUCAGGACCGCAAGACCACGACGAUCUCGACAAACAAAUCAUCAAGUUAAAUCAACCAUCACGAUACUGACCACGAUUCACGACUGUUCAUAACGCUUUCUUUCUUUGCUUGCUUCAAUCAUACUUGACGACUUGUUUUAAUACGAUCACGACCCAUUUAACGUUUUUCAAGACCGUUUGUUCAUAUCAUCAAAUUCACGUACUCACAAGAAGAGAUGUCAUCACAACUCCUCUCACGAACAACUGACACCACUCGCACCCGCUCCCCGUCACCCUUCGCAACGCCCGCCGCAAAGCUUGCUAUCCCCACCAUCCGCCUUGUUGCCGCAACGCCCUUACCAGCCAACACAUCUGUCUCUCCAUGGUCUGAACCUCAGCCCCCACUUGCUCUCGCGCCCAAAGCUCCCUCAUCAGAUCCAACGCCUCGUAGGCGUCUCGUACCCAAGAAAUCAAAGCUCGGUUUACUUUCUUCACGAGAGAAUGAUUUAUCGGACGUGGUGCGCCGCGUUGGCGCCAGUGGUUCGAGGAAGACUGGGAGCGCAGGUAUCGAAAUAUAUGUCGACCCGGCUGACGAUCCCGAGAUUGCGGAGAUCGUCGUGGUGAAGAAGAAGAAGAGCCGCGUGGCCCUGGAUGGCAUGCGCUGGGGUCCCGCUCUCGGGGAGGUGACCAACGUCCCCCAUGUGAAGGAAAAGGAGAAGAAGAAGGAGAAGGAGAAGAAGAAAGACAAGGAGAAUACAUUGAAGGUGAAGGUGGAUGAGAAGGCUGGUUGGUGGACCAUUGGAAAGGGGAAGAAGGAGUCAAAGGAGAAAGAGAGAUCGAGAUCGCCUGAACCGCCCUCAGUCAAACACACCGAGUCCCGAGCGCGGUUCAACUCUCUCGACUCGGGGAUCUUGCUGAACAGCCCAGUGUUGGCUGAGCACCGCGAGUCCCCCACAGAGAGGCAGCAUCUGCGUGUGCCGACGCCGCCGUCAGCGACGCUUGCGUCCGCUGCAAAUGGCGCCACGCUUGCUCCACCAGGCGCUGCCCCCCUCGGCUCCGGCAAAGGUAGCGUCGCUCUCCGAGCAAUGCGCUCUGUCCGCUCUCUCGCACGUAUCGGAUCUUGGGCACAGCUCAAGAACAUGCCCGCACCCGAUGACACGCCUCAACCUACUCCUCCUGUUAUCAGCGAGCCCAAGAAGAAGAAGAAAAAAAAGGACAAGGGUCAAAACAAGGAGAAAGAAAAGGAGACAGAGAAAGAGAAAGACAAGGCUGCAACCGUGCGCUACUCCGGCAGCAGCUUCGAAGCAGGGGCACUUAGUGCAAGCCCUGACGAGAAAACCUCUAGAGCAACUCUUGGCAAGAAGAAGUCAAUCCUUGGGCUGGGCCUCCCCUCCUCGAUGCGUCUUCCAUCUCUGCGAAGCGGAUCUACGGCAUCAUCAAUUGUAGCCGCUCAAGCGCAGAGGUCCAAUAGCCUGUCGGUGGACCCGCCUGCCACGUUCGGAAUUCUUGCCAGACCGAGGACGGGAUCCACCAUGACAGCGAGUAGUGCUGGGAGUGUAAGGCCUAUUUCCGUAUCUUCGGGAGGGUCUUCUGCCGGGUGCUCAGUGAGGUGGGACGAGGCUGGGUUGGAAACCGUGAAGGAGGUCAGGAGGAAGGAACGCGCAUCGAAGGAGAAGGAGACGGACACCAGCAAGAAGGACAAGAAAACCAAAGGGACCCGCAAAUCUUCGGAUAGCAGGAAGAGGACGCCGCUAGCGGCGGUUUUCCCUGAACGCGAGGAAGGCAAGGAGGACAUAAAUGAGGAAGAGGCAUCUGUACUGCCAAUCGUGACCAUCGAAGAGGCAACUGUAGACGGGCACAGCGAUCUCGAGACACCGAGCAAGCGAGUACGCCCAAGGCCGCUGAGCGAGCAGCUUCUGGGCCGUGGCAGGCCCAAGGCUAUGUACGAGGACGAAAGCGACAACGCAGUUAUGUCCCUCCUGGACGCAGCAACAAACGAUCUCGCGCAGCUCAUCAACCGCCUUGAUCUCCAAGCGACGCCGGACAUGUCGCCAAUGAGUGGCCGUUCCUUUUUCGCCCCUUCCGAAGCAGGCAGCCCCACGAAACACCGCAUGACUCUAGAAAGCCCUAUCAAAGGCCUCCGCGCAAGCGCAGCGAGCGUCACUUCACUUCGCCCAUACGCCAAGACUAUAUCCACCGCGGUCCCGUCCAUCGGGCAGCACAUUGCACCUUGGGCUACGCUCAACGCUGGAAUAUCGCCUGCGAAGCCUUCUCUGUCAAGGGACGCAAAUGCUACCGUACCGGCAUUUAAGUUCACGCACAAGCGUACUAUGAGCCCAGCGCCUGCGGAAGAGCCAGAGCCAGUCUUCAAGGCACUCCGCCCUGCGACAAGCAGAGUGCCGGUGUCGGGACGCGCUGUGUUUGCAGCGCCUAUGAGGUUACCGUUCACGGGUAACGCGGAUCGUUCGCCGUCGUCACGUACCUUUGGCUCUGCGCACUCAGCGUCUAGUUCCCGUGCGUCACUGGGUGCAAGUCCCGUGUUCAAGAAGGCAAGAGGACACGAGAGGAAGCAGUCAUCACUCGUGCCUAAUGAGCAUGCACGGUUGCAGUUGCGUUGCGAUGCCACCGAUGGUAUUCCGACACCGCCUGACAGCCCGAGCCUGCUGAUUCUCCCUGAUGCACGCCGGAACCUCGGUCUCGCAGGAACGUUGGGCGGGUCCGUGGGAGAACAAGAGCUGGAUGCGAGUGAUCCUGACUCUGACAUUCCUGAUGAAUUGCAGAUAAUUUUGUCCAACUCGGAUCAAGAAGCGGAUGAUACUUUGUCGUUCAAUCCUAACCUGAUGAUCGCGCACCCACCGCUGCCCUCGCCUGGCCUGCCGCCCGAGAUGCCACUCCCCUCACCCAAAGGCUCAGUUAUCGAAACUCCUGUGUUCCGCGCCAAAGUCAUUAACGAGGACGAUCACCAUGCUGAUAUUGAAGAGGCUGGGAUGUCCUCUGAGGACGAUACCAAGAAGUCCUUUGACUUUACGGGCGAGCUGCAGAAGCUCAACGAGUCUGGCGGGUCUGACAGGCUUAGCUUCGUUGAGCAGCUCGAGAACGCAUUCCGCACUCCUGCCAAGAUUGAUUUGCGGUAUGACUUUGACCUGCCACCUGACGCUCCGCCUGUGCCCAAGAUCCCGUCAUUGCAAGCGGAACUGGAGCGUGCGGGAGAUAGCACAUUUAGCGUGGACUUUGUAUCGCAGGAGUUCUUGCCUCAAGGUUUCCCGAUGGAUGUGGAUGUUGAACCAUCGCUGCUUCCUGGAACGGAUAGCUUUGCCACGACGAAUGAUGGGGAGGAUGAGGACUUCCUUUGUGCAGAGCAGUCUCGAGGCUUGAGGAACGCCAAGUCCAUGAAUUUGCGACCAUCAGAUGGACGGCUCAAUAGGGACUUCAAGUUUGGUGGCAUACCAUCGUCUGCACCCUCUGUUGAAAAGAAGGAGGAGCCACUUACCCUUUCGGACAUCAUUCCUCCUUCGGCUAUUGCCAAGUCCCUCUCCGCAACUUCGCUGGCUGGUGACGAGUCCGCCGUUCUCAACUCCAUAUUUGCAAAGGCUAUUGAGAUCCCCUCGCCUCCAUCCCGCGUCCGCCUCGAUUCAGACGCUAGCUCGAAGUUCAUCGGACGCUCGACUGCGCGUUCUUCCCAUGUCCCAGGCCACUACAGACACUCUUCAGAAUUGAGCUUUGCGGGCUUUGACUCGUUUGCAGAGGUGAGAAGAGGAUUCGAGUUCCAUGACCAUCGUCCGAAUUUCUACCCUCCGCCGGGAGCCACUUCGCGUGUCAAGCACAGCAGGUACUCGUCCGAGUUCAGCAUUGCGUCUAUCUCGUCAUAUGGACAGGUUAUCAAUCAUGGGUCGACGGAUCCUUUCGACUAUGGACCACCACUCCCAAGCCUUCGGGAGCGUCCUUCAUCAGACGAAUUCUCUUUCACCAUGUCUUCUCUUAAUGACACGUUCUCCUUUAUCCACAAGCAGCCUCGCAGGCGACGUGUUGACAGCGAUGCCUCGAGCUUUUACUUCCGUGCUCCAGCGCACUCCCAGUUACACCCGUACAAUCGUGUUACUACUCAUCGUCGCCACUCAUCAUCAGCCUCCGUCGCAUCGUUAUGUCCACCAAUCAGCUUGUUCAACCGCAACAGCUAUGGACACCGCCGCUGCAGUGACUCGAGCGGUAGCAUGAGCAGCGUUUUGCAAUCGUACGCUCGUGGCGCGCGUGCUUCGUGGGCUAGGCAUCGCUCCGAUUUUUCCGUCGAUUCCAUGCUCAGUGACGACUUCUCGGGGGUUCAUCUUGGGAGACCAGGGCUGGGAGACAAGAUGCUCGACUCUGCAUUGGAUCGUGGGAUGCCACUUACCGCCAUUUCUGCGUCACCGCCUGAAAGCCCUGCCGGGAGCGCCCGAAGCGAGCAGUUCCGGAGUGAUCAAUACACGAAUCGCUUGUCCUAUGAUUCGAUCUUGGGCAUGGACCAGGAGCCUCAGCUGGUUUCCAACAUGGACGACUCGCUCUUUGAGAAGACUGGCCACAGGACAUCGGUCUCUUCGUCUGACUCUGCGUUCUUUGGCGUGGACUCCUCGCAUGCGCCGCCUCAAUUCAAACGGUUAUCAAGCUAUAGCAUUGCCAGUGUUCACAGUCCGCAGAAAGAAGAUGACACCAUGAUCAGCAUGCUUGGUGGUGGCUACGUUCGACGCCGCUCCGUAGGAUCCACGAUCGAAACUUCGCCUUGUCGCCAAGUUGAAAAAAGGAAACACGUCGGAUCUGACGUUCCUCGGCCAAAUAUCCGUCGCAAGGGCGAUGAUUACGAAUCUCCGAAGAGGCGAGUUCUUGAAAGCAAGCCAUCGAUCGCUUCGACUGCGCACUCAGAAAAGUUCGGUGACGAGCGCAUGAUUAGAGCAAAGCACGGUCUUUUGGAGAGGCAGAGUCUGGAGGUCACGGCGUUGAUCGCAGAAGGAGAAGAUCUGUCAAGAUCUUUCCGUAUACCUGUCUUCACCCGCCCUCCUGCAGGCCGUUCUCGUUCCAGCACUUGUACAUCUAUGAGUUCUGGUGCUGAUACGCCUCCACUUUCUAUCUCGGAUGGCUAUUCCUCGUUCUCGGAGGGCUCGCAGUCUAGCAUUGACCUCUCGCAUGUCAACUACAUGCUUUCCAACACCACUCACCCUCUUUCGAACGCUACCUUGGACAGAGUCCGACCACGCGCUCGCGGCCACGGUCACCAACGACGGAUCUCUCAAGCCCGUGCAUCACGGACUUCCAUUUACGAGACCAUCGAGGAGGAAUUCACGGCAUCUUCUUCGACUUCGUUCCCUCAGUCGCUUCUAGGUUCUUCAACGAAGACUACUCAACUUCCUGAUUCGGCGACAAAGACAAUUGGUCGUGCUCCCGUAUUUGUUGCUGAUCCCGAGACUGCAUCUGUGGAUUCAGUGUCAUUAUGGGAUGACGAGAGGGGCAUUAUGGCGUUACGCAAGUACUAUGCGCUUCGCGACGAAGUUCAAGAGACAGUGACAGAGAGCCAGCGGACCUGGCUUGACACGCCGUUCUCCGUCUUCGCGGUUCAAUCAUUUGAUCCUCCUUGUCAUCCUUCCGGCAUGCAAGCGCUCUUGGAACAUUCACUGCAGAACUACGGGCCUUUGCCUUCGGAUUUGCGCCCACGGCGCAUGCGUUCUCGCGUCAACUCUCGACCCUCGCCCUACCCCAGGACCAUGAAGACUUCAUUCACGUCUUCUCCGGCCACCGAGCAAGUGAGGGCGGCCAUUGUUGCAGCUGUCGCAGAAAAUGCUCCCAAUGACAACAUGCGCGCCCAAGGUCAACCUAAGGCGCUGCAGCAGAUUUCCGUCAACCCUAACAUCAUGUCGUCUGCUUUCGAGAACACCAAGGCAGGCGAAAUCAUGAAGGACGCAGCAAUGUCGCCUGGUAAACUCGAGCGCGUGUUUGGCCUCCCACCCCGUCCCCGUGUGGGCUCGGUCGCGCGAAGAGCUGCCUUGGGUUGGGCGAAGAGGAGCUCUACCCGCACUGGGAUGGAGAAUAAGGAAAAUGCCAGCUUCGCUAACCUCUCUCUGGCAACUGUUCCUAGUAAUACGUCGCAAGGCUCGAUCAUGACGCCGUCGGAAACAUUAAGACUCAACCGGCCCCGUCCUCGGGGAAGGCCCACUCCUGCUUCGGUGAGGCCCAUCCGUAUUUGACAGGGCUUAAAAACCUGUCGUCGUUGUCCUAUUUAUUACCAUUUGCUCCCACCCGAUCACCUAUGUUAUGAUUCUAUGCCAUAUCCUUUCUUGCCUUUCUGAUACAAUCAAGCUCAUUGAUGCGCCUUAUAUUACAACCACUGUUCGUAUGGUUGAUCUCCCACGAUUGCCGGAUUCUCGGUGAUAGUGUUCUGUGCAGCUACAUAGAGCAAUAAAUAAAGUAAAUUUCUUGAAA